UCAUUUUAUUAGUAAAUAACAGCCGAAGCCGCUGUCUGCGUGCGUAUUUUACACAGCCGAAUAGAUUUACAAGAAGCACGGAAAGAUUUCACUGCAAUGGCAGGGGAGCAGAAACGUAACAGCACUUUAGAACCGUUUAUUCUGCUGGCCAAAAACACGAAGGGGGCAGCGCUAAUAGCCCUUAUUAAUCAGCUGCUGGAGGCCCCAGGGGUCUACGUCUAUGGAGAGUUUCUGGAUCUGCCUCACGUCCAGGAGGUUUCCAAGGGUCCUAACAAGGAAUAUUCCCAGUUAUUAAAUAUAUUUGCUUAUGGAACUUAUCUCGACUAUAAAGAAAAUGAAGUCAGCCUUCCUCCACUAACAGAUCUCCAGAAGAACAAACUGAGGCAGCUAACCUUUGUCAGUCUGGCUGGUUCUGUGCAGUGUAUCCCAUACUCCAUGCUGCUUCAGGACCUCGAGCUGAGAAGCCUGCGGCAGCUGGAGGACCUGUUCAUUGACGCCGUCUAUGCUGACGUAAUCCGUGGGAAGCUGGACCAGCGCAGGCAGCUGCUGGAGUUGGAAGCCUGCAUUGCCCGGGAUGUCCGACCCAGGGAGAUGGGUCACAUCGCCCGCACCCUGCAGGAGUGGUGUAGAAGCUGCUGGUCUGUAAUGAGCGCCGUGGAGUUGCAGGUCGACAGGGUCGGCCAGUUUCGAGCAAGGCGUCUCCAGAGUUCAGCAGCUCAUGAAGGCUGAGGCGGGGGCGCGUCAUGGAGUGGGGGCCAAGGGUUUCUGACAUCCAGAAGUUGCUGAUAACCACACCUG